AUGUUUUUGACCUGCUUCACACAGAUUGUCGGUGUGAUCGUUCAAGUAACGAGCAAGACUGUCGCACAAUUUACCGUCGGGCGCAUCCUUAUCUACACAGCCGUAGGCCUUGUCGAAAACGUUACUCCGACCUACCAAUCGGAAGUAUCGCCCGCACCCCUGCGUGGCUUCUUUGUUGGAUCUCUCCAACUGUUUUUGACUUUCGGCUCCUUGAUUGCCGGCAUCGUCAAUAACGAAAUGGCCAAGAUUGCUACUCAAGCCGGGUGGAUGGUUGCUUCAGGCCUGCAGGCCUUGCCCGCCGUCAUCAUCAUAGUUGGAUUGCCCUUCACUCCAGAAUCUCCGCGAUGGCUCCUUUCCAGAGACCGGGAAGAUGAAGCUCUUGCAAUUUUGGAGAAACUUCGCCCCGCGAAGGAUGUCCAAGAUGGACUUGUCAACAUUGAACUCGCUACCAUGAGGGAGGACUUUACACAACAGGUCGAAGGCGUGAGAAAGAAGGAACCGUGGAGUAGUCUAUUCAAGGGCACAAACCUUCGCCGCACAUGGAUCGCCACUGGGAUAAUGGCCCUGCAACAACUGACAGGUGUGACAUUCUCGAGCAGUUACGGGCCGACCUUCUACAAACAGGUUGGCCUCGCAAAGAUGGCCUUUGCGUACGCGGCAAUCAACAAUGGUGUUUCCAUGGUCACGGCCAUCAUCGGCAUGAUAAUCUUUGAUUCUCUUGGGCGCCGGAGUGUCACGUUCUACGGCUGCAUUUUCCAGGCAGUCUUCCUCUGCCUCAUCGGAGCUCUUGGUGCAAAGCCGGACAGAUCUGCCAGCGACACCCAUGGAAUGGUGGCUUCAUUCAUCAUUUACGCCGCCAUUCUGCACAUGACUCUGGGCCCAGCGGCGUACAUCACUGCAGCAGAAGUUGGAUCCUCAUCGUUACGCGAGAAGACGAUGAGUAUCGCAACUGCCGUGAAUGUCGUUGUUGGCUUUGUAGUUGUGUUUACUACACCAUACUUGAUGAACCCGGCAUACGCUGGCCUCGGUGCUAAUUUGGGCUAUGUUUGGGGCGGCUUUUCUGCGCUUGGGGCGAUCUGGGUCUGGCUAUGCAUGCCAGAGCUGAAGGACCGUACACUUGAGGAGAUGGACGAGCUCUUUGCUGCAAGAAUACCGGCUUGGAAGUUCAAAGGCUACAAGACCUCUAGCCUCAGCUACGACAUGGCUGUGCUUAAGAGUAAUGGAGACCCAGAGAACCUACCAAAAGCUACUGUAGUGCAGUUGGAGGAUGCUGAGAGGGACUAA